UAUCACGUAGCAAAAAACUCCUCACAGAAAUCUUGUCAGGUUAGCUAGCAUACAUGUACAUAUACUCGGCUCUCAUUUCAGCUGAAUCGGUUCCACUCAGUUAAAUAAACCUAUAACUUGCAUUAAACUAGGGAACAACUGUUUUUUGUUUGUUUGUUUGUUUGUCUGUCUGUCUGUCUAUCUAUCUACCUCAUGGAUCUCCCAUGUUAGUGACUUUUAAUGGGUUGUGUCUAGUAUAGAGUUUAUUUUGUGUAAGCCCACACCAGGGUACAGUUUUAUUUUCAGUGUUAGAAAUUAUUUUAGGCACUAUAAAUUUUCUAACAGGUUGCCUGAAAAAGAUUCAGUCUGUUAAAUGGUUAAAAAUGGGACUUUGUCAGAAUAAAGAGGAAAAAGUGUUUACAGAAAUUUAGACAGGCCUGUAAAAAAGUGUCGAUUCUAAUCAUUAAAUAUUCUUAAUGGUAAUGAUAAUUAAUCAGUGAGCCAGAUAAACAGCAUCGUCAAGCCCAUCACUAUAGAAAAUGGAGUGUUUUUAUAUACAGGGUUGUACGGUAAUCACCACAAUUCACUCUUCUCCUGAUAUGUAGAAACAGAAGUCCUGUAAGUGUUUCUAUUUUCUUGUGUGUAAUAUACAGAAUAAAGAGUCAGUGAUAUACUGUUUACUGUCCUGCUCUGACAUCACUGCUCUACACUCCAGCACAGUCUGUGGAGGUAAAGCAUCACAUUACCAGAGCAGUGUUAGUGCUGGAAGUACUGCUGAUAUUGAUCACCGUCUGCUUUUUAAAAUCAGCUAGAGUGUGGUAGUACAGAACGAUGACAUGAUGGAUUUUUUUUAAAUCCUGUUUUUAUCAUAACAUUUAUGAAUACAGAAUAAGGUUCCAGAGUUACACAGCUUAACCAGAGAAACAGUCGACGGUAGGUCCAGAUCCACUCUGUUCACACUGACAUGUACUUAAUAAAAUGGAUGCAUGGAUAUUUGAUUCCCAGACUUUGAAUGGUGAAACAUGUAGAAACAAUUCAAAUGUAAAGUCAAAUAUAUAUAUUUUUAAAAAGCUGUUUUCUUAUUUCCCUGUUGUUAUUUUGGAACAAAAUGUGAAUGAAUGUAAAGUACACAGUUCUGCACUUUGGCUUUAUAAACUGUUUACUUCUUUUUUUAUUCUUAUUUUUCUUUUCAUUUUUUUUUAUCUUUAGUUAGGCCUAUAUUAAUUAGCUGUAUGGGGCACGUGAGGCCAAGUAAGAUACACACAGCACUUUUCACUGUUUUAGUUUUUAUAGAUUCUGAUCAAAUUCAUCUAUUGUUCAUUAUUGUAUGACAGUAAGACACAAUGGAACUCUAGAACGGUGCUGUGAAUAUUAUUAAAGUUCGGGUUAAACGACGUGUGUAGCGUGUGUAAGAUAUUCGCAUUAAAUUAAAAAAAAGAAAAGAAAAGAAAAGAAUACUACAUUGGUAUAUGGACCGAGUAGUGCUGUGAUGCGAUGACGCAUGCGCAGUGCGGCUCCGAUUUCAGCGCGUGCGCGGUGUAUAUCUGGAAAAGUGGGGUGCGCGUGCGUCAUGCAGCAACGGUUUGGCAUCGGUUUCCUGGAUGGAAGAGAAGAAGAGAAUAGUUCCCUCUCUCUUCCUCCCCCUUUCAUCUCUAACGAGAGUUUUCACUCGCAGUUAAAUCUGAUCGAGAUAAGAGAAAACUGAAAUCUCGUGCGCUCUCUCUCUCUCUCUCUCUCUCUCUCUCUCACUCACUCACUCUCAGUGUGCGCGUGCGUGCUGGUCCUGCUGAGGUAACCCCUGAGAAAAAUAAAAUGCAGCUGGACAGCUACAGUUAUGGAAGCAGCCUCUGCGAUGGAUCAAACUCUAACGACAUUACAGAUAUUAAAGAAGAAGACUACCUCUACUGUGAGGUUUGUAAGUCCUCCUUCAUGAAGGAGUGUGAGAUUCAUGGUGCGGCGCUCUUCGUCCCUGACACCCCUGUUCCCAUGGGGGUAUCCGAUCGAGCCAGACAAACCCUUCCAGCUGGUCUAGAACUUCGGAAGUCCAGUAUUCCUGACUCGGGCCUGGGAGUGUUCAAUAAGGGGGACACGGUUCCGGUUGGUGUUCACUUCGGGCCAUAUCAGGGAGAGCUGGUAGACCGAGAGGAAGCCAUGAACAGUGCCUACUCUUGGGUGAUAAGCAAGGGCAGACAAUGUGAAGAAUACAUAGACGCCAGAAACGAGAAGCAUGCUAACUGGAUGAGGUAUGUAAAUUGUGCUCGUGAUGAAGAAGAGCAGAAUCUGGUGGCGUUCCAGUAUCGAGGAGGGAUUCUCUACCGCUGUUGUCAAUCCAUUAAACCAGGACAAGAGCUCUUGGUGUGGUACCAAGAGGAUUAUUCCAAAGAUCUCUGCGUUACUUUGGAGUACCUCAGGAAGAAAAAGUUCUCCUUCAAUGAAGUGAAAGACACCUUAUUGCAAGUCUUCUCCUGCUCCUUGUGCUCAGUGUCUUAUUCAAGUCGAAUUUACUUCGACAACCACAUGAGGAGAUGCCACUAUGAGGAGUUUGUGAGACAACAAAAGUCGGGACUGAUUAAAUAUGAUGAUGAUGAUGAUGUGAAGGCCACAGAAAGGUCCACUAGUCAGCAGAUCUCUUGUAGUUUCUCUCAUGGAGAGAAUCAGGAAGCAGUUUAUCUCUGCUCAGAGUGUGGGAAGAGUUUCACUUACCAGAGUAAUCUCAGACAACACCAACGCAUCCACACUGCAGAGAAACCAUAUGACUGCUCAGAGUGUGGAAAGACUUUCAAUCACCCGAGCAAUUUCCAGCGACACCGGCGUGUCCACACGGGAGAGAAACCAUUUCAAUGCUCAGAGUGUGGAAAGAGUUUUACUCAAAAGAGCCAUCUCAAACUACACCAGCGCAUUCACACGGGAGAGAAACCGUUUCAGUGUUCAGAGUGCGGGAAGAGUUUUACAGAACUGAGUGCUCUCCAGCAACACCAGCUCAUUCACACAGGAGUAAAAUCACAUCACUGUUCACAGUGUGGAAAGACUUUCAAUCACCCGAGCAAUUUCCAGCGACACCAGCGCGUCCACACGGGAGAGAAACCGUUUCCCUGCUCUCAGUGUGGAAAGAGUUUUACUCAAAAGAGCCAUCUCAAACUACACCAGCGUAUUCACACGGGAGAGAAACCGUUUCAGUGCUCGGAGUGCGGGAAGAGUUUUACUCACCAGUAUCCUCUCCAACAACACCAGCGUAUCCACACCGGAGAGAAGCCGUACCACUGCUUGUACUGUGGGAGAAGUUUCAAUCAUCAGAGCUCUCUCAAGGAGCACCAGCGUAUCCACACAGGGGAGAAGCCGUACAGCUGCUCAGAGUGCAGGAAGAGCUUUACUCACCUGAAAGGUCUCCAGCAGCACCUGCACACUCACAAUGGAGAGAAACCAUUCCACUGUCGACAGUGUGGGAAGAGCUUUACAGAGCAGAGAACCCUGCGCCGACACCAGCGCAUUCACACCGGAGAGAAGCCGUAUCACUGUGCUCAGUGUGGGAAGAGUUUUACUUACCAUAGCAGUCUGCAGCGCCACCAACAGAUUCACACAGGAGUGAAGCCGUAUUACUGCUCACAGUGUGGAAAGACUUUUACUCACCAGAGCGGUCUGCAGAGACACCAGCGCAUUCACACGGGAGAGAAGCCAUAUCGCUGCUCGCUGUGCGGAAAGAGCUUUACUCAAAACAGCCAUCGGAAACAACACGAGCGUCUUCACGCGGGAGGACGUUUCGAUUACUCGAGCUCACUAAAGACACUUAAUUGUCCUAAUACAGAGAUGUGAAACCUUAAAUAGAGAUCAUUCCUGUCAUAUUCACUACAGCAGGGUUCUCAAAGUGGGGUCAGAAACAAGUAGGACUACAACGGGUGGGUUCUCACCCUUUAUUCGGCCGGUGUCCCCAUUUUAAAGGCUUGUAAUUCCUGUAUUUUUUAGUGUUUCUAGCUUGAAAAUGAGACAAUGCCACACAAAUAUAAGCUUCUCUUUAUUUUAAAUAGCCAAAUGAAGGAUAAUGAAAUGUUAAUACAGGAUUCCGUGGAGUUUUUUUUGUGAUUGUCGCAGACAUUAAUGCUUGAUUUUUUUUCAAAAUUUGCCAUGCAAUUUGAAAACUGCUUGAAUUGCAGUCAUGUUUGUUGGUAAACGAGAGCUUUUAGCUGUACUCUUGUUCGACGCACAUGAAUCGAAGAGGGCUUUGGCUGAAUGAGCGUCGUGAUGACGUCACAUGACGCGUCUCAGCCCAAAUCUGCGGAAAAUCUGGGGAAAAUUCUGAAAAAUUGCAAGCUCCUGCGAAUAUUCCUUGAUUUUGCAUUCAUUUCUGUGCAAAAUUCAGGAGGGACUGAAUAAUAAUAACAAUAAUAAUAAUAAUAAUAAUAAUAAUAAUCUGGCACUUUUAAUUAUUAUUAUCAUUAAGUAUUCCAUAAACCAUGUUCCUGUGAACACCUCUAUAUCUCAAGAGACCCCAAAGGUGAGAACCUAUGGACUGUAAAUAAUGUCAAUUUGAACCUACUCAGUUUUCUUAGUGGAAGGUUCUGGAAUUUAUUAUUUUUUAAAGCUCUAUGGUUUUAAUAAAUAGGAUAAAUUUUAUUGUAUAUAUUUUAAUAAUGUUUAUGAAGUAAAUCUGAACUGAGGGGGUCCAGGGGGACAGUUUGAGUAGUCCUGCACUGCAGUACAGGUCUGUUUGUGUUGAACGUGCAGGAAGGGGUGUUUUUAAUGUACUGUAUUAGUUAAUUAUCAAUCAUCACUACUGAAGACUUUUGCCCGUUCAUAUUGUUCUGUAAUCUGUAAUGUCCCAUUGUUACAAACAUUUCAUUGUUGUUUUGUUUAUUUUAAAUUGAUGUUAGAAGUGGUUAAUUAGUGUCAUGGGAUCAAUCUGCCAGAAGGACCAUCAGCAGGUAAAGGUUCUAGUACAGAAAUAGAAUAGAGAUUUCUUUCUCUUUUUUUCAGACAUGAGUGACUUAACCAUCAGUUGAUGGUGGCAUUAACAAACUACCUAAACUGGAGCAGAGGAAGAUGGCACUGGGAGGAGCCAGGACUUGGCAGGGGAACUAAUAUCUAACUACCUAAAGCUACUGUAGAUUAACGAGACCACUGGUCCUAGUCAUCAGGCAGUCAAUGAGAAUAGAGCAAUAGCCUGAAGACCUCAUGAUAAUAGAAGUAGGAUCCAGCCAAGAGCCAGGGCUUGUAGACAUCAGAUAGGAGCAGGAACUUGUGCACCUCAGGGCAGGUACCCUAUGAUUGUGGUGGCACGAGAGGUAAGAAAAGACAAAGCUGUUCAGUAUAGUGUAGUAGACCUAUUUAUAAAGGUUAGCUCUAGCCUUAUGGAGACACCACCAUCAAAUAUUAGAACCCAAUAGAACUUCCUAGAAUUUUCUAAUCAUUUUAAUGUGUUUAAUGGUUUGUAGUGGUAGUUUGGUGUUGUUUCUAAUGGUUACUGAUGCACUGCUCAGUUCUGGUGAUAAUUACCAGCAACCAAAAAUGAAAACAUUAUCAUUUAGCAUAUUUGACCUUUAAUAAAUAAUAUUUAGACAUAAUAAAUAAAUAAUGAAUUGCUUACAAGAUAUGGU